AUGGCUCCGCCUGCUCGCCUUAAUCAGCUCCAAAUGGAGCAAGUUAGGAAUAUUGUCGCUGAGGAAUUCAAUAACGCUUUCAAUGAACUAAUCCUGGGCGUGACCAAUGACAUAAUCAACCAGGUCAAAGCUCUUCUGGAUGAGCGCCUCGCAGCUAUUCCCGGGGGAGCGUUAUCGGCUCCGCCCGUUCGGGAUUCGGCAUACUACUUCGAGAAGUUCAGCAAGUGUAGCCCUCCUCUUUGGAAUGGUGAAUUCGACCCAGUUGCUGCUAAGCAUUGGGUGUCAGAUGUUGAGGGCGCCUUCAUGACUGUUGGAUGUCCGGACCAGUACAAAGUUGUGAUCGCCAUGAAUCAGCUGCGAAAAAGGGGAAAGACAUGGUGGAACACCAUCACCGCUCUAUUAAACGAGGAAGAAGUGAGGGCCAUCCAAUACACUACCAUUCUACGUACCGAGAUUCGGGAAUUCGUUAGCAUGCAGGAGUUCCCGACUUUAUCCGCGAUCAUGGAUGCAGCGAGGAGGAGGGAAAUCGAGUUGCAGACCCAGACCAAGAGGAAGGCCAAUGACACCUCCUCCAAGACAUCUGGAGAUGCCCAGAAAAAGCAAAAGCAGGGUGGUAAGUCAAGGUAUGAGUACAGGCCGUCUUCAGGUCAGGGCGAGAAAAAUCUGUUGAUAUGCUACAACUGUAAAAAGCCAGGGCAUCAUUGGAAGAAUUGUAGGGCUCCCCCUGCGAGUGCAGUUCCUCAGAUUACUUCUGCUGCUCCCGUCUGCUAUCACUGCAACGAGACGGGACACAAGAAGCCCGAAUGCCCGAAGUUGAAGGCUGGUAAAGGAAGCGGGGGUACAAAUCCUGCAAUUGCAUCGUCUUCUACGGGACCCACUAUGGUGACACGAGGUCGUGCUCACCAGAUGACUGCGGAUGAGCCGGUGAUUACCGCGACAGUGGCAGGCACUUAUUUGCUAGAUUCCGAGCCUGCUGUUGUUAUGUUUGAUAGCGGUGCUACCCAUUCUUUUGUGUCUCGCACGUUUAUUAAUCGUCUGGGGUGUAGUAUCGGAAAAUUGGCUCGCCCAAUGGUUGUCGAAGUUGCCGACAACCGCACUAUUUAUGUCACCGAUGUCUAUCGGAGUUGCACCCUCGAGUUUUCUGGAGUUGAAUUCCCUAUCGAUCUUAUCCUUAUUGCGAUGCGAGAGCUCUGCGUUAUCGUAGGCAUGGAUUGGCUUGAUGCGUUUGAUGCGGAAAUCCACUGUCGUAAGAAGCAAGUUCGUGUUCGAAACCCUAGAGUUGGAGAACUUAUUAUUCAGGGGAACAUUCCCCGCCUGGAUAUGGCUUCUUGCUCUUCUACUAUAGCACUAGACGACGUUCCUGUCGUUUCCGACUUCAGCGAUGUCUUUCCGGAGGAACUCCCUGGCUCGCCACCUGUUCGGUAG